AGUACUGAGCUGGGAGGGAACUACGCAGCCGGAAAUGCUGUAGAAAAAACGCAUGUAAACAAGAAAAAUGUCGCUGAGAGCAACCCAAGCUAAAGAAAUGAACGGCCAGACAGACGUCGAGGUCGACUACAAGCGAAAAUAUAAAACUCUUAAACGAAAAUUAAAAUUUCUGGUUUAUGAGCAGGAAUGUUUUCAGGAGGAGUUGAGAAGGGCACAAAGAAAACUUCUAAAAGUUUCUAGAGACAAAAGUUUUCUUUUGGACAGGUUGCUGCAGUAUGAGAGGGUGGAUGAGGACUCCUCAGAUUCAGAUGCAACAGUUUCUUCAGAGAACAGUGAAGGCGAAGGACUAAGGGAAAGGGAAAGAGAACGAGAAAUUGCUAAAAAGAGGAAAAGCAGCCCUGGAGCAUGCCUUUCUUCCUCCUCCUCAUCGCCUCAUCUCUCUCUGCUGUCUCGUCCUGGGGUUAACCCCCUGCAGUCAUCCAGUGCCGGAUCUUACCUCAACACCAUGCCCUUCCCACCAGAGUAUUUGGCACCGCCAGUCGAGCGAAUGAAGAAAGAGAGAAAAACAAAGACGGCAAAAAACAAGAGAGAGGCCACAGGGAAGGUUGUUGCUCCGAUGGCGGCUAACUACACGUCGCCUUCUGGAGCCGCUCAGGCAGCUAGAGGGCCCUUCAGCUGGGUUCCCAAACAAAUGCUGAGCGGAGACGCGGCUGAUGAGGAAGGUGAGAGCGACGGGGACAGCGACAGGGGCGACGAGGACAGAGGGGAGGGAGAUGAGGCUGAGCUCGUCAUUGACAUUCCCAAUGAGUGAACGAGCAGGAAGAAGGAGGAAAAGGAUGACAAAAAAGACUUGAUUUUUUUUCUCCUGAAAGCCAAGCUCCCCCUGGUGGCUAUAGGAUCAAUUACAGUGUGAUUGAUAAUGAUAAUUUGCAGAUUAUUAAUAAAGCCAUGAUCUGGUAAUAUUUCUUUUUGUGAAGGUGCACUUAUUGUGCAUUCCCUGGAUUGAACAGAUGUUUGAGUUUUUUUUGUUGUAGUAGUUUUUUUGUUUUGU